AUGGAACCAAGGAAUCUUACAGAAAUCACAGAAUUUCUUCUUCUAGGACUCUCUGAAGAACCAGAAGUUCAGCCCCUCAUCUUUUACCUUUUCCUGUCCAUGUACCUGAUCACCAUGCUGGGGAACCUGCUCAUCAUCCUGGCCGUCAGCUCAGACCCCCACCUCCACACACCCAUGUACUUCUUCCUGUCCAACCUGUCCUUCGUGGACAUCUGCUUCACCUCCACCACCAUCCCCAAGAUGCUGCUGAACAUCCAAAUCCACAGCAAAGCCAUCAUCUAUGAAGGCUGCAUCACCCAGAUGUUUUUUUUCAUAUUGUUUGUAGUAUUGGACAUCCUUAUAUUGACCGUGAUGGCCUAUGAUCGCUAUGUGGCCAUCUGCCACCCCUUGCAUUACACCGUCAUCAUGAACCCCCGGCUCUGUGGGCUUCUGCUUCUGGUUUCCUGGGUCAUUGGUGCCCUGGAUUCCUUGUUAGAAAUCCUCAUGGUGUUAUCACUGUCCUUCUGUGCACAUGUGGAAAUCCCUCACUUUUUCUGUGAGCUCAAUCAAGUGGUCCAUCUAGCUUGUUCUAAGACGUUUCUUACUGACUUGGUGAUGUAUUUGUCAGCUGUGCUCCUGGGGAUUGGCCCCCUCACUGGGAUCCUUUAUUCUUAUUCUAAGAUCAUUUCCUCCGUUCACAGAAUCUCCUCAGCUCAGGGGAAAUAUAAAGCAUUUUCCACGUGUGCUUCUCACCUCUCCGUGGUCUCCUUGUUUUAUGGCACUUCCCUAGGGGUGUACUUGAGCUCUGCUGUGACGGAGAACUCACAGCACACUACCAUCGCCUCGGUGAUGUACACAGUGGUCACCCCCAUGCUGAACCCCUUCAUCUACAGUCUCAGAAACAAAGACAUCAAGGGCGCUCUGACAAGUCUCCUUGGGAAGAAGCAAUGA